GAAGCUGUAUAUGACCUGGAAGCAUUGCUGGUCAGUGUAGGAAGUUUUCCGCCACAAAAACGACACAGAUUUAACGAAGGGACGAGAAGUCGGGAAGCAGAACGGUAUGGACUCUCCAAACAGAAGUCGAAGCCCUAGUCCUGUGCAGAGAGAACACGAUGGCCCUUCAGAGGACGGGUCCAGUCCAGCAGCAGAGAAGCCCCAACAGGCUGACUCAGCAGAGAGAAGCCCCAAAGACAGGCCAUCCCCUCAGGCCAGUCCUGCUGACCGCAGCCCCUCCAGGAGCCCCAACUCGAGUAGCUCAGACAGCAGCAGCAGCGAUGACAGGGAUGAACAACAGGGGGCAGUGAGGAGGAUUAGGAGCAGCGUGGCCCAGAUCAAAAGAUCCACAUCCAAGUCCAGAGAGCAAGACAGAUCCAGAUCCAGAGAGAGAGAUAGAUCGAGAUCCAAAUCCAGAUCCAGAUCCAGAUCCAGAUCCAGAUCGAGAUCGAGGGGGCAAGACAGAUCCAGGUCCAAAUCCAGAGAUCGAGACAGAUCCAGGUCCAGAGAGCGGGACAGAUCCAGGGGAAGAGACAGAUCAAGAUCCAGAGGGAGGGACAGAUCCAGGUCUAGGGGACGAGACAGAUCCAGAGAGAGAGAUAGAUCCAGGUCUAGGGGACGAGACAGAUCCAGGUCCAGAGAGAGGGAUCGGGAGCGUUACGACAGAGGACGCUAUGCUAGAGAUCGCUAUGAUGAUCGCCGCGAUGACAGGAAUGGGCGCUUUGACCGGAGGACCAAUCGGGACGCAGAGUCAGAUCACAGGAGGCGUGGCCGCUCCGCUUCCCCUCUGGCAGAUGGGGAGCCGGUGGCGGCGGACGAGCCUCCGGUCAAGAAGAAGAAGGAAGAGCUCGACCCGAUCCUGACAAGGACCGGCGGAGCUUACAUCCCCCCGGCCAAGCUACGCAUGAUGCAGCAGCAAAUCACUGACAAGAGCAGCCUGGCCUAUCAGAGGAUGAGCUGGGAGGCUCUGAAGAAGUCCAUCAACGGUUUAAUCAACAAAGUCAACGUGUCCAACAUCGUCAACAUCAUCCAGGAGCUGCUGCAGGAGAACAUUGUCAGGGGGAGGGGUCUGCUGGCUCGCUCGGUGCUGCAGGCUCAGGCAGCGUCUCCGAUCUUCACUCACGUUUACGCCGCCGUCGUUGCCAUCAUCAACUCCAAGUUCCCGCAGAUUGGAGAGCUGAUCCUCAAACGCCUCAUCCUGGCCUUCAGGAGGAGCUACCGCCGCAACCUCAAGCAACAGUGCCUGACAGCCUCCAAGUUUGUGGCUCACCUCAUCAACCAGAAUGUGGCCCACGAGGUUUUGUGUCUGGAGAUGCUCACUCUGCUGCUGGAGCGACCGACCGAUGACAGCGUGGAGGUCGCCAUCGCCUUCUUGAAGGAGUGUGGACUCAAACUGACUGAGGUCUCCCCACGAGGAAUCAACGCCAUAUUUGAGCGUCUCAGGAACGUCCUCCAUGAAUCGUCCAUCGAUAAGAGGGUCCAGUACAUGAUUGAGGUGAUGUUUGCCAUCAGGAAGGAUGGUUUCAAAGAUCACCCAGUGAUCCUAGAGGGCCUGGACCUGGUGGAUGAGGACGACCAGUUCACCCACAUGCUGCCGCUCGACGACGAGUACAACCCAGAGGACAUACUUAAUGUGUUUAAGAUGGACCCAGACUUCCUGGAGAACGAGGAGAAAUACAAAACCAUCAAAAAAGACAUCCUGGACGAGGGCAGCAGCGAUUCGGGGGAGGAGGGAGAUGGCAGCGACGAAGAUGAAGACGAUGAAGAUGAAAACGAGGAGGGAGAAGAGGAUGAGAAGGUCACCAUCUUUGAUAAGACAGAAGUCAAUCUGGUUGCUUUUAGAAGAACCAUCUACCUCGCUAUACAGUCCAGCUUGGACUUCGAGGAGUGCGCUCACAAACUGAUCAAAAUGGACUUUCCCGACAGCCAGACGAAGGAGCUGUGUAACAUGAUCCUGGACUGCUGCGCUCAACAGAGAACCUACGAAAAGUUCUUUGGUCUCUUGGCCGGGAGGUUCUGUCUGCUGAAGAAGGAGUACAUGGAGAGUUUUGAGGGUAUUUUUUCAGAACAGUACGACACAAUUCACAGACUGGAGACCAACAAAUUGAGGAACGUUGCCCGACUGUUCGCUCACCUGCUCUACACAGACUCUGUUCCCUGGAGUGUGUUGGAGUGCAUCAGGAUGAGUGAGGAGACCACGACGUCGUCCAGCAGGAUCUUUGUGAAAAUCCUUUUCCAGGAGCUUUGUGCCUACAUGGGCCUCCCCAAACUCAACCAGAGGCUCAAAGACCAGACACUGCAGCCAUUCUUUGAAGGUCUGUUUCCUCGUGAUAAUCCGAGAAACACUCGCUUCGCCAUCAACUUCUUCACCUCUAUUGGACUGGGAGGACUCACGGAUGAGUUGAGGGAACAUUUGAAGAACGCUCCAAAGAUGAUCAUGACUCAGAACCAAGAGGUGGAAUCCUCCGACUCCUCCUCGUCCUCUUCGUCGUCCUCUUCCUCAUCUGACUCCUCGUCCUCGGACUCCUCCAGCGAAUCAGAUUCAGACUCCUCAGACUCAGACUCUUCCUCCAGCAGCAGCAGCAGCUCAGACUCAGACACCAAACACAGGAAGAGGAAGAAGAGGAAAGAGCAAAGUGAGGAGAAGAAGAAGAAGCAAAAAGAGAAGGACAAAAAGAAAAAGAAGGACAAACCCUCUGACAAGAAGCAAAGCAGACAUAAGAACGACAGAGACAGGGACGAUGACAGUAACGACGAGAAGCAGGCGAGGAAGGACAGGAGAGGCCGUUCGCGUGAGGCAGAGGAGCGCGAGCGAGCACACGAGGGCGCCCGCCGGAGCAGACGAGACGAAAGAGCGGAAGAAGAAGAAGAAGAGCAGCAGAAAGAGGAGGAGAGGAGACGAAAAAUUGACUCUCAAGGCAGGCAAAGAGACAUAGAGAGGGAGAGAGGGACAGAGACAGAGGGAGAGAAAGGGAGCGGGAGCGAGCGAGGGAGCGAGAGAAUGAGGAGAAGAGAGAGAGGGAGAGAGAGAGGAAUAAGGAGAACAGAGACAGGAACAGAGAGAGAGAGGAGAGGAGGAGGAGAUAAAACUCCUCAUCCCUCUGUCCUGAAGCAGCAGACCAGACUGAUGAUUGACAGACAAGUUAAGCGUUUCCCUCUGUCAUCCCUCUCUUCUUCACCUCAUCUGUCACUGUGGUGUUUUAGGAUUCGGGACCCAUCUCUCUUCUCUGUCUCUCCUCUCUCCUCUUUCCUUCCGUCUGACUGUAUUUUCUAUUGUUGAUUUUUCUGUUGUUGAUGAAAUGAGAAAAAAAACAUUAAAGUUGCUUUAGAUGUUUUUUAA